UCUUGUCGUUGCCGCCCAUGGUUUCACACGCGCGGGCAGUAGGGCGCAAAAUAUUCCCGGGAUUUUGUGGCCUUGUGAGCAAGAAAGCGCACCAUCUUAUGCUGCGAUUGACCCUGACUGAGGAUCAUCAUUGACUGACGUACAGUGGCGGGCAGCAGGAUGCCGCCUGUGUCCGAGGUGGACAGGGGUCCAGUUGAAGAAAGCUCUGGCGGUCUUAAGCGCUCAGACUGCGUUUGUCCUGUAUGCCUGGAAAUAUUCCUGGAGCCGGUGACUUUGCCCUGCAUGCACACGUUCUGCAAACCCUGCUUUCUGGAAACGGUGGACAAAUCCAACAUGUGCUGUCCGCUUUGCCGGAAACGCGUGUCCACUUGGGCGAGACUUAACAGCCGGAACAAGACCCUGGUCAACAUGGAGCUGUGGAGACGUAUUCAGGACGCCUUUCCCUCUCAGUGCGAGCGGAGGGUACAGGGAAUUGAUGACGAUGAGGAAGCUGUGAUGAUUCCAAAACCUCGAGUGUGCCAGCCCGGAGAGCUGAGGAAAGAGUAUGAGGAUCAGAUCAGCAAGCUUGUGGAGGAGAAGCGAGCCCUGGAGGAGGCUGAAAGGAGAGCCAGCGAGGAGUACAUCCAGCGGCUUCUGGCAGAGGAAGAGGAGCGCUUGGAGGAAGAGAGGAGACGCAAAGAAGAGCUGCAGCUGGAGAACGAUGAGAAACUGGCCAGACUGCUCAGCCUAGAACUGAAUUCAGGACCAGCCUCUGAAUCAACAUGCAACAUCAAACCUGCCGAAGCUACGCCAGCUAAGAAGAAACCAAGUGUGGGGGAUAUUGAGAAGUUUUUGCGUCCAGUGCCUCAUAAACAGCCAAGCAGUUCUGACAGCAGCCCAGACUCCUCCCUGAUGGCUAAUAAGGAAAACAUUCUGAGCCCUCCAAAACCCCUCUCAGCACUGUCUGCGGAGGACAGUGGUAAACUAACGGUUCACAUGUUGGAAUGCAAUGGCAAACCCUCCACCUCCAGCUUCAAUCCAAGCACCUCAGAACACACUUUUGUUUUUAACACUCCCAAAAGCAGCUCAGUGAAGCGGAAGAGUUCGGAGAUCGAGCUUCAGAGCGAAGUGGAUCUACAUUCUAAGAGGCCUUGUGCUCCUUUGAGGUUUGACUCGUCUUCAGAAGACAGCCCUUUUCUCUCUGAAGUGGCUGUGCAUGAGGAGGCCUUACGGAGCCGCUGGCAGCAAGAGGAGGAAGACCGAAGGUUGGCCUUGCGAAUCCAGAAGGAGCUGAACCGCGAGAACUCUGUUGACCGCAGAAAAGGCUCAGCCGACAGCUAUCAGCUCCGACAAAAGAACAAUUCGGUUUCCACCACUACAAGCCCAGAUGUAGAAGGUACAAAAAAGGGCAGUAACACAACAACCGCAAAGAAUUGCACAGGACGCAGGGGCGAAGAGAAAACUGAAAAGAGACUCUCUGGAACAACCCCUGGAAAAAGGCCAGGGGUAAAGACUCCUGUGUCUUCAACAGCAGUCUCAUCUACAGUGAAGAAGGGGACUAAACAGACCACCCUUACUGAGAUGUUCCCCAACAUGGGCAGCUGAAUGCUGUGUAAAUUGGUUUUAGAAAACACUCUACAAACUUGAAGCAAACGUUAGGUGCUGCGCUGCUAUUAAAGGACACUGUUUAUCCACGUUCUGUUAACUUUUUCAGUUUCUUUUCAUGUUUUUGCUAAUACUCUUUCAGUGCCUUUCCUAUGCUGUAAAGUCAUGAUUAAAUAGUUUAGUUUCUUACAGCAUUCCUGUAGUCAUGACUUCGAGUUUGAAAUGGUGUGAAUGCUGCAGAUGAAAAUUAUUCUGUGAGCAUUUGCCUGUUCGAAUAAAAGGAAUGAGCGGUUUUCAGAAUA